GCUCCUGUCCCCGCUGGGCCCGCCGCCUGCUCCCGGCGUCGCUCGGGAAGAUGGCGCUGCGUGUCCAGGAGAGUCUGGCAGAAGUAGAAGUAUUCUGUAACCACCUGUCUGGAGGAACUGAUCCAGCCCAGCAAACCCAAGCUGAGAAGGUCCUGUCAGAAUUUAUUGAUAACCCUGAAUGUCUCAGCCGACGCUGGCUGCUGUGGGAACAAGGCAUGGGCACUGUGGACCAUAGUACAAUAGGAGUAAUGCUCCUCUCAGAACUGAUUCAGGAAAUUAAUCUAGUUGAUUAUUCAAGACCUUCAGCAAAACAUUGUAAAAUAGCUGCCUCAUUCCAUGACACCUCCCUGAAGGACAUACUGAUGCUUGUGUGCUCUCUUUUGAAGGAGCACUGGGAGUUUGCUCCAAACAGUGUUUGUUACUCCGGGGCAAAGGAUGGUGGGUCUGUACCCUUUGUGAAAACAGCAGAACCCUACCUCUUAGAAACGUAUGCACCCCAGAUAGCAAAAGCUUACAUUACUUCUAGACUGAAUGUAUUCCUCAAGUUGUAAGAUAAACUUGUAAUUGCAACUUUCAGGCUGUAAUAUGGAGUGUUUAAUUUUCUGAUUUAUUGGCAUAUUAUGUUUUGGUAUAAUCUGAGUAUGCUGGUUCUGAUUAUCAUGGUGAUUUCUUUAGAUUGUCUUAAUGGGCUGAUAACAUUUUAUUCCUUUUGCUUAUUAAAUUUAGGCCAAAAUCAAAUGUAAAU